AUUUGCAGCCCAUUUCAGGAAGGUGGAAGCCUUGGAGAAAUGCCAUCUUGAGAAAGCAAAUACAUUAUUCAUCUUGUCAAACUUUUAUAAAAUGAAUAAUUGUUGGCAGAAAGUAUUUAAAAAUGCCUUUUCUUCUUCCCCAUUAAAUAGAAGUAUAAUUACUAAGUGUGAAAUGGGAUCUCCAGAUUUAUGGCGAGGGAAUUGCCUUCUCAUCCCACUUCCACUGCUGGUAUUAAACUAGGAUGGUGAUAGAUCAAGCAGAUUAAAAAACUGCAGGUGAUUUUCAAAAUUCAUAGAUUGCACAGAUAUUCCUCCUUUUAGACCAUGAAACUUGCUUUGGUCCAGAAUGCAAUUGCUUGUGGUGUUUCUACCAUUUCUUUUAUCGUUGUUACUUCUGUUGUAUUAGUAGGUUAAGAUAAACUCAUAUCUACAUGAAAAAAUGUAUCUAAUAAAGUCUACUUUCUAUGAACAGUAAGAAAAGAGAAUUAGUCUUUGAAAGAGAAUAUAAUAAAAUGUGUUUAGAUAUACUAGCUGCUUGAUGUAGUUUCGACUUCGGGAACAAUGGGAAAUCAUUAGUAGCAGGUGGAGUGCUGCCUGACACUGGUUUGCUUGGGACCUGAGGGCAGUGAAAGCAAUGUUACUUUAAAGGCAGAAUCAAGUUCCCAUUUCCUCCAUUUUUAGUGCAGCUCUACAGAAACUUCGUGACAUUCACAAUAUGCCGGAUCCUGGGAAGCCCCCAGGAAAAGAAUGACAUGGUCCCUGUCCUGCAGAUUUUGAAAGGCUCAGAGGGAAGCAGGACCUGGAAAGAGAGUGAAACCAGUACUGAGAGUGUACAGUGCAGAGGGGAAGUCCUGUUGAAGAGAAGUUCAGGGAAAGGCUUUAUAGAAUUGGUGAUUCAUGAGCAGAAAUUUUAAGGAAAGUUCAUGAGGUGAACGUGAAGAGCUGACUGAAAAGAGACCAAAGGUGUGGAAUCACAGAAGGGUAACUACGUGAGUGUGAGUGCUCGGUACUGCCACAAGGCAGAGUCUGGGCAAGUAGGGAAAGAGGGAUCACAGGGGAGGAGGAGAAGCAAGGUCGUGGUGAAGAGAAAGGGAGGGCCAGACAAGCAAGGUCUCAACUACCAUGUGUAGGGCCUUGAACUUUAUCCUUAGGUGGUGGAGACCUUGAAGGUUUUUGAGCAUGUCACCUCAUGACCACACUUGCAUUUUGGAAGAUUACUUGUGGCUGGAUUAUGGAGAAUGGUAUGACGGGAACCAGAUGGCGUGGCAGCAUGGAGACCUAGUUAAAAGGGUUGUGCUUUAAGAAGUCUAUAGGGAAGAACACAUUUUCUUCUUGCCACAAAAGUUGCAGUAGAAAAUCUGUGAAGGCUUGAAAGGGCCCAUGAGUCUUCUCAUCAUUGAGGCGUUCUAUGGAGGGUCCCAUAAACAGCUGGUAGAUCUGCUCCAAGAAGAGUUAGAAGACUGCGUCCUUUAUACCCUUCCUGCAAAGAAAUGGCACUGGAGAGCACGGACAGCGGCUUUAUACUUCUCCCAGAAUAUUCCCAUCAGUGAACAGUACAGGAUCCUGUUUGCAAGCUCAGUGCUGAACCUGACCGAACUGGCUGCCCUUCGGCCUGACCUUGGGAAAUUGAAAAAGAUUCUGUACUUCCAUGAGAACCAAUUGGUAUAUCCUGUCAAGAAAUGUCAGGAGAGGGAUUUCCAAUAUGGAUACAACCAAAUUCUCUCAUGCCUGGUGGCUGAUGUGGUGGUAUUCAACUCGGUUUUUAAUAUGGAGUCAUUUCUCACCUCUAUUGGAAAAUUUAUGAAGCUGAUUCCUGAUCACAGACCCAAGGAUCUGGAAGGCAUCAUCAGACCCAAGUGCCAAGUUAUUUACUUUCCCAUCAGGUUUCCUGAUGUGAGCAGAUUCAUGCCCAAGCACAAAACAGCCCAUUUACAGAAGAUUCUCAGCCUUAAAGGAAAUGGUGGCAUCGCUCCAUCUAUGGCCCUUCCUUUCCAACAGGAGCAGAAGGGUUCUGAGAAUUUACUGAAGAAUUCUAAUUCAGAGUCCGAACCUUGCAAUGCGGUGCCCCGAGAAAACCUGGGUAGCUCGUUAACACAGGAGUCAGACUGGAGAACGUGCAACUCAUCAGAUAAUUCGAGUUCUCAUCAUCGGGAAAAUACACAAAAUAGGACUUUUAAUCCCUGUGACAUUUUGGGUGGAAUUGAUGAUCCACAAAGACCACUGCACAUUGUGUGGCCUCACAGGUGGGAGCAUGAUAAAGAUCCAGAGAGUUUUUUUAAGGUUUUAAUGCACCUUAAGGAUUUAGGACUCAAUUUCCAUGUGUCUGUCCUUGGAGAAACCUUCACAGAUGUCCCAGCUUUAUCAUUCCAAGAGCCUCCUUCCACUGUACAGUUGAGUGAACAUUGCCUGAACAGAUCUGGUUUAAGAAUUGAUGUAUUUUCAGAGUCCAAAAAGGCAUUGGGAUCGUCUGUCAUACACUGGGGCUACUUACCCAGCAAAGAUGACUAUUUCCAAGUACUGUGCAUGGCCGAUGUUGUCAUCUCAACGGCUAAGCAUGAAUUCUUUGGAGUGGCAAUGUUGGAAGCUGUGUAUUGUGGUUGUUACCCACUCUGUCCCAAAGAUUUGGUUUAUCCCGAAAUAUUUCCAGCUGAAUAUCUGUAUUCUACACCUGAACAGCUUUCAAAAAGGCUCCAGAAUUUCUGCAAGAGACCAGAUAUUAUAAGAAAACAUCUUUAUAAGGGUGAAACGACUCCUUUUUCUUGGGCAGCCCUACAUGGUAAAUUCAGGUCUCUGCUUACAACAGAACCUAGGGAAGAUUUGUGACAGAUGGGGCUAAGUCACAAACUUGCAGCCUAAGGCAGAAUCUGUAGAACUUUCCAGAGUGUGCCCAUAUUUACCUGAUCAGAGAGAAAGAAAGUCUGCAGAGGAAGCUGAGCCUGGCUGCUUGUCAUAGCUGACACAGAGCCAUCUGCCACAAACCUGUGGCGGCUUCAGAUCUCCCAUCCCUGCCACCACCCCAACUCAAAUUAAAUACAGAUUCCUAGAGACGUUAUGAUGGUUACACAUGUCCUCAGCAUCACAUGGAGGAGACUGUUCAAAAAAAAUAUGUGGCCUGUUGUAUAACCGCACUCAUGUAUCCCAUAUGUGGUGCCACAUUGAAUUUCCGGUUGAAUCCGUUUUUAUCCUUUGUACUGGAUGACAUGGUGCCUGAAUUCUUUCUUUUUGCCGACACGAUGGCAGCCAAACUGCAGCUUCAAAAGCUCGCACUUGGCUGUGUUUCUACCUAGGUUGCCAGGUUAUCAUCGGAGCCUUCUUGUGUCCUCAGAGGGCCACGGGGUCUGAACGGAGGAUCAGAAUGCUACCAGACUAAUUGGGCAGCCAUCUCAGAAUUGUUUGUGGGCAAAGGGCUGCUUUAGCGCUUUUAUUUUAGCAAAUUAAUGACUCUCUGGCACAGGGGUUUUUAAGUGAAGGUAUUCAUAAGGGGUCUGGCAGGUAUUCCCAUGAUUCACAGAGUUACAUUUGCGUUUAAUUUAUUUUAAAGUUGCGAGAUAAACAGCUGUAAUUUGGACAAAUGUGGGAAACACACCAAGUGGGGCCAUCUUGCCCAUAAAAUGAACACUGAGAUACUUGUUUUAAUUUUUUUCCUGGGGUAAAAAUAGGGAAAUCAAAAUACUUCUACUAAAACAGUAAUUUUGAUAUAAAUACUCCUCAAAAAUAUUUGCAUCCAGCUACAAAUAUAAUCUUUUCAAGAUAAAUCGCUUAUGAUUCCAAUAAUCAAGCUGCUGUAUUUGUUGAUAUAAAGAUGUUUUGAACAGCUAGAUUGUAAAAUAAAUUUUUAAUAAAGUGCCUACUGCAGUUUUUAAUUAGCAUAUCUCAGUAUGUGUAAGAGUGUACAUCUAUCUGUAUGUUUCUCACUGAACACUUUCCUUGUGUCAGAGACAACGAAUACAAUUGUUUCUUUUCCGGAUGUACAAGGAUCUGUUUUGCAAAUGUUUGUAAGAUAUUAUGACAUUUCCAAGAUUUUCUUUGCAUUCUGGAAAGCAGGAGGUAAACAUUUGUAGUCAUUAAGGUAAAGUCUGUUGAUAAACCAUCUUCUGUUUACUGACAGGUAAACUGUAACUUUCCUAGCUUUUGAAAGGAAUAACUUUUAUACACUGCAGAGUGAGGAACAGCCCGGGAGCGGAGGGUACACAAGGGCCAAGCGUGGCCUUCUGGCUUCUAGAAGGAUUGAGUGGUCUAGCAGGCACCCAAGACAGAGCAGGCAAUGAUUCAGAAGUCCAGUAGGGCCCAUUGGACAGGUAGCAAAGUCAUCAGCAAGAACAAGAUCAAGCUCCAGGAGCCAGAUCGAGCCCUCAGGAUAGAGGCAGUCUUGCAGAUCAAAGGCGGCCGGGAAUUCAGAAUCCAUCAGGCCUGGGAAUUGAAAAGCAGGAAGAAUAAGAAGCAGAAACAAGCAGUCCUAUCUUUGCAGACAGUCCUCUCCCUAACCACUGUGAGAUCCUUAACGCAUGAUGGGACAUCACAGCACUGGCUUCGAGUCCCAUCAAUUGUGGGGAAAUCACUGAACAGAUUACCUCCUCACCCAUAAAACAAAGGGCACGGGGAUUAUUUCAGAAGUCCCUUCCGGUCUGAGACUGGGGAACUCGGAAUCUAUCAGGUGUGCUCCUUUUGAGUGUAAAAGUUAAGGUAUAAAUAUACCUUAAGAGGUUCUUAGACACUUUGGGCAGGGUUUUUCAUAUAAUGAAGUGAACUACACCAGUAAACUUGCUUCAGUCAGAAGGAUGCCAUGUCACAGUGAUGUCUUCUCGAAAUAAUUAAGUAUAAUCUCACAGCCAAGAAACAGUGUUUCAUUUACUGUGUUUUACUGUCCUGAAAAUAACGGGCUCCCAUUUUAUCAUAGACAUAGUUGAAAGUUACCUGUGUAUGGAGGGGUUUUUUCCCCUAUACCCAUAAAUGCAAAUCAGCUUUUGUCUUUAGCUGUACCCAGUAUUCCUUCUAGAAUAAAAAUUUACAUUAAAGUUGUCACUUCGUAAAACUAUGCUGUCAGACUUGGUAUUAGUGCAUAUAAACAAUAAAAAGUUUUGUAAAUGUGUAAUUCUUAACAUUUGAAAACUUGAAGCGUGUGUGCAUCUGUGGGUCUGCGUGUGUUGUGUGCUUCUCAAAUCCAUGUUACUAAGUUAACCCAUACUUCACUGAAGUCACAGGAUAAUUGCGAAUACAAGUUGACUUUUUAAUUCCUAUUUCCCUUACUUUGAGUAAAGAGAUCAAACUCUCCCAUUAUUUCUUAAUAUAGUUGUUGAAAAUUUCGAUCUUUCUUUUUUGAAACAUCCAGUUCUGUUCAUUCUUUUCUUUUAAAAUAAAUCACUAAGCCAAUUUCAAGUUUAAAUAUCUUUAAAAGUCUACUCAGGAUCAAGACCUUGGUACGGUGUCCAGGAUGCUUGCCAUGAACUUACCUAAUCUGUGUUUCUGGCUAGUUGUUUCUGUACUGUAUAGCAGAGCACCUAGCUCUUAACCUAUUCAUUAAUACCACGUUGAUCAGGAAUAGGUCAAAAGACCUCUGUCAUAAAAGCUUGUGGUUUAAUAAGCAUCCUUCAGAUAUGGCGGGUUUACCCACCCUGCUCUGAUUCUCCAGUCUUCAGACAUGCCACAUAAAGAUGGCAGCAGAAUCAGUAAGUCGAUGGAAACUCACAGCCAUAGAGGGCUGCACAGAUUCAUUUCAACACCUUGAAAUGCAUCUGGAAGCAAAGAUUUCAUUUUAUGUUGAAGGUGUUAAUUAUAUUUGAUAUUUUUAAAAGUAAAAUCUGUUUUUGAGAAAGCAUCUGCUACCCAGAAAUAUUAUGAGCCACGAUAAAAUUUUCAGUUAAGUCUCAAGAUACUUUCUGUGGGUGAUAGAAUCAGUUUUCAAAUGAUAGUCCAUGCU